AUGAGCUCAAAAUCGGAAGAGGAAAAGUUACCAGAUGGGUGGGUCUUAUGUACCUCUAAAUCAAAUCCUGGAAGGAAAUACUAUUUUAAUAAAAAGACGGGAAAGUCGUCAUGGACACAACCACAGGAAACUGAUAAAAACAAGAAACCUGGGUUUAAAGACAAACAAAAAGUUAAUGAGAAGAAAAAAUCUAACAAUGAAUCAAGAGGCAAUAAAAGAAAGAGUGAUAGCAAUGAGGAAGUUGCAUCUCAUAAAAAACAAAGACAAGAGCCUUCAGGAAAGAUUGAAGAAAACAUUCAAAAGGAUGAGUCACAAAAACAGGUUGUCCCAUGUGUUGCGACUCCUAAAACACCUUCAAAAUUAAGUAAUACCAGAAAUCAACCCUCAACCUCUCAACCAUCAAAAAGAGGAAAGAAAAAGGGUGGAAAAAAUCUGGCAAACACACGACUCUCACAGCUCCGGUCCAGGCUGUCUUAUGAGGCUGAAUGUGAAGAUAAUGUUCACAAGUCACCACCUAAAAAAAGAGCCUGUAAUGAAACACCAAAAAAGUUUGAAAAGAGUCCAAACGACAAAAUAAACCACUCACCAAGUCAUGACAGCUUGCAUUCCAUUCCUUCACCUUCACAAUUUUUUGCAGCCAACAAAAUUUUAUCAUCCAUGAAAGCACAGUUACCUGAACAGUAUUGUAAUAAAGACAAACAGAUAGACACAUUUGCCGAUAUUGAAAAAGGUAUUUGCAAUCAAACACCAGAAUAUCCAUUUUCUAAGCAUCCAGCAACACCUCCACAGUUUUUAGAAGCCACAAAACUGGUGUCUGCUAUUAAGUCUAAACUGGGCUAUAAAAUAAAUCUACCUUCAGAGUCAAAAUCUUUCUCAUCAGCCAAAGAUAGAAUGGAAUCAUUGAGAAAUAGUUUAGGUUCAGAAGUGGGAUCGAAUACAUCAAAUGAUAAAGAAUCAUUUUUUAAUAGCUCAGAAUUAAAUAGUAGUGCCGUUUCCGAGGCCAUGGAAGUUGAGGAUUUUCGGGAGUUCAAACAUAGCACACCAAUAAAACCACAAAGGAGAAACUCUAGUGAAAAUAAUGUUGUGCUUGUUAUAGACACAAAUAUAUUUAUACAUGAGCUGGAUAUAAUCAGGAAUGUACUAAAUUCACAUUUAAAAGGAUAUAGUGAACAGCCCACUCUACUGGUACCGUGGCGGGUGAUCAAUGAACUAGAUCGGCUCAAAGACAAUAAUAACGGGAAUGGAGCCGUCUGCAAACGAGCGAAAGCGGCCAUGGACUAUCUAUAUAAGUCCCUGCCAGAAAACAGUAGGAUAAAAGGCCAGUCGUUACGGGAUGCAAAUUGUCAUAUUUACCCUUGCGAGAUGCCAGACGACGAAAUAUUAAAUUGCGCUCUACAGCAAGUGGAGCGAGGCAAGAACGUGCUCCUCGUAACAAAUGACAAGAAUCUCUGCAAUAAGGCGAGGAUCAACUCCGUGAAGAACAUUGGAAUAAACGCCCUCAAAGGCAUGCUGGAGAACAAACCGCAGCCGGCGUCUGCAGAACUCCACGCCACGUUUCUUCACCUUCGAGAGAUCAUAUACCCGUUGCUCGCGAAUAUAUUGGAGAGCGAAAUGCGUGCAAAAUAUGAGAAUCUCUGGCAAUAUGUUAUCUUCAAAGCACCACCUUGGACACUGGAAGAUGUCUUGCAAUGUCUACUCAAGCAUUGGAUAGCCGUCUUUAAUGAAGUAUUCCCAAGAAUCGAACCGCUGAUCACCGAUUUGAAAAAUGCUCUUGUCUCACUUCAGAAUAAAAAUCCGAAAACAGUGACCCAAUCAGAAGUGACAACUUUCAAGGAGCUAUGCCUAGAUGUUGCGAAGAAGUGCCAAAUCAUUCCAGAAUAUAUGGAAUUAGCUAAGGCGUGCGUCGAGCGGUUGUCGCGUGACUGUGCGAGCGGGACGGAGGAUAGGCCGGACGCUAUUGUUGACGCCUUCGAGUGCAUAUGGACUGUGUGCUCUAGUUAUUGCGCUAAACUAGCGACAUCUGCCGGCGUCGCUCAUAGUAUAGAAGACAAAAUACCGGGAGAGGAGAGUUUGCCUGUUCUCACGAGCAAAUGGAGUGUAUUCGCGACAAAUAUUAAUGCGAUUGCACGGGACAUACAGCGAGUUCUAGCUGUUCAAGAAAAUGGAGCGACAAAUAUUAAUGAGGAUGCGUUGAGUGAUUUGGAGAAAUCAUUCAAAGAAGUGUUGUCGUCUAUAGCGGCUGAUAAGACAGUUACCAGAAACGAGUUGAGGGCGUUUUGUACUAAAUGCAGGAAUAUGCUUCAAGAAGCGUCAAGUAAGUUCUCGCAACUCGGCGAUCUUCUCAUUAUAUGUAAGAAUAAGCUGUCCAAUUAA